AUGCAAAAGAGGUUCACUCGUCUUAUAAAUCGUUUGAAUGCACUUGGUAAGCCGAUUUCCAAUGAAAUUGCUACUAACAAAGUUUUGAGAUCUCUUAAUAGGGAAUGGCAACCUAAGGUCACCGUCAUCAAGGAAGCUAACAACCUAUUGAAAUUAGACAUUACAACGUUGUUUGGAAAGCUUGAAGAACAUGAGCAAGAGCUCAUUUGUUUAGAUAAGCAUGAGAAGAAAAUUAAGAAGGACAAGGAGGUUGAAAAGAAGUCAAUUGUUCUUGUGGCUUCUGGUUCUAAGUCCUCAACAAAAGAGCACGAUGAAAAUGGAACCAAUUGUGCACAACUUAAGAAGGACAAAAGUAAGGGUCAAUACAAGAAGUCUAGCAAGCCUAGAAGAGCAUACAUAGCUUGGGAAAAUGAUAGUGAAUCCUCAAGUGAAAGGGAUGAAGCGGUAAAUUUUUGUCUCAUGGACCAUCAUCAUAAGAAGAAAAAUGUAAGUCAUUUUAAAUAUGAACCUAUUGUUGAUAUGUCUUAUUCUGAAUUGCAAACUGCUUUUGAAAAUCUAUAUGGUGAAGCCAUAAACGCUUUUAAAAGAUUGACUUCAAAUAAAAGAAUUUUUUCAUACCUUGAAGCAAAAGUUUUAGAAACGGAAAAACUAAUGGAAGCUCUUAAGGAAAUCAUGUUAGAUGCUUCAAAAGUUGAUGUUGAGGAAGAUAAAUCUUCUUGGUUUAAUUGUGAGACUUGUCAUAUUUGGCAAAAAGAGGUUAUAACUCUAAAAUCCAAAUUAAACAAGGCCUUAGAACAAAAGGUCACAUUCGUUAUUAACCCUUCAAAAUUCAAGAGAUCUUUAAAUGUGUCGUACAAGAAGUACAAUUUUGUGGUUGAAUGUCUUGGCUUCAUAGAAAUAAUGUGGUUUCUUUAUAGUGGUUACUUAAGGAAUAUGACAAGUGACAUAUCCCUAUUCAUUUACUUCACACCAAAGAAGAAGGGUUUUAUGACCUAUGGAGAGAAAAACAAGCGUGCAACGCUUGGUAAAGAUAGUGUAGGUAAUCCAUCUUCUACUACUAUCUAUGACGUAAUACUUGUUGAAGCUCUUAAACAUAAUCUGCUUAGCAUUAGUCAACUAUGCGACAAAGGUGUGCCUUCAGAAGACAUACUCAAAGACACUGAAAAAGAAAUUGAUCAGCCUGAAACGGUGAAACUUGAGGAGGGGGAAGAUGACAAUUCUGAAAAGAAGAAGGAUGAGAGUACAACUAAAGUGGAUGAUCUUCCUUUGGCUUUGAGGUCUUCCAAAGACCAUCCAAAUGACAAUAUUCUUGAAGACAUCACCAAAGGCGUGAUAACAUGCUCUAAGCUAAGUAAUUUCAAUCAUCACUUUGCUUUUGUUUCACAAGUUGAACCUAAAAACGCAAAAGAUGCAUUAAUUUAUGAGCAUUGGCUAAUGGCCAUGCAAGAUGAUUUAAAUUGGUUAAAAAGAAAUGAUGUGUGGGACCUUGUCCCACCUUUGCAAGAUCAUCAAAUCAUUGGCACUAGGUGGGUUUUUAGAAAUAAACUAGAUGAAAACGGUGUGAUAACUAGGAAUAUGUCCCAAUUAGUGGCUCAGGGAUAUAACUAA